AAAGUUCUCUCUAUUAAAUCUAGCUUCCAUGACAACCACAUUGCCAUCUGAGGCAUUCCAUCUCGCAAGCUCUAAUCAGAAUGGCACAAACUAUGUUGAAAAUGAAAUUGUUUAUGUACAAGAAUCGCUCCCAAAUCUUUCCCCAUUCAUUGAGAACAAAGAAGAGAACAAUGAUAAAGAUAAAAAAUCCACCACCAAUAAGAGGUAUAUGUCUCUUUUACUGCUCAAUUACGUCCUACUUUUUGUUGGGUCACUCUCUUCGAGUUUGCUAUCAAAAUUUUACUUCAUUCACAAAGGCUCCAGCAAAUGGGUCGCUACAUGGGUUCAGAGUGCUGGCUUUCCCUUCCUACUCUUUCCCAUUUUUCUCCCAGUUCUCCUUAAAUACACAAAGAGAAAACCUUUCAGAGAUUUCAGUCAAAAGAUGUUCUUGUUUUCGGUUUUAGUUGGUCUCAUGAUAGGGUUUAACAACCUUUUAUUCUCAUGGGGUGUGGCAUACCUUCCUGUCUCAACCUCAGCACUUCUUUUGUCCACCCAGUUAGUUUUCACUCUUAUUCUGUCUUCCCUCAUUGUGAAACAAAAAAUAACCUUUGCAAACCUAAAUUGUGUGAUCCUCAUCACCAUUAGUUCCAUCAUUAUAGGCUUGGAUUCUAGUCGCGAGAAGUCACCAGGACUCACAAACAAAAAUUACUUCAUAGGGUUCUCUUGCACCAUCGGUGCAAGUCUUUUGUUUGCUUUGUAUUUGCCAUUGAUGGAGAAGAUCUACCAGAGGGUGAACUGCUACCAAAUGGUGAUAGAAAUGCAGCUCAUAAUGGAGAUUGCAGCAACAGUAUUGGCCACUGUAGGUAUGGCAUGUGAUGGAGGAUUUUCUGACAUGAAGAAAGAGGCCGAGAGGGUUUUCGACAAGGGAACCACGGUUUAUUGGUUAACCAUUUUGUCGACUGUGGUAACAUGGCAAUGUUGCUUUGUGGGAACUGCAGGCAUGGUUUUUCUGACAUCUUCUCUAAACGGGGGGAUUUGUUCCACAGCUUUGUUGUCCAUAAAUGUGUUGGGAGGAGUGGUGGUUUAUAAAGAUGCUUUUGGAGGUUUUAAGGCUGUCUCAACUGUUUUGUGCAUUUGGGGCUUCUGCUCUUAUGUCUUUGGCAGUUACAUCAAAAUGAAGAAAACUGUUGGAAGGAAGAACAACAGCAGUGGACCUUCCACUGAGUUGAUCCCUAUAAGAAACUCUGAUGGAAUUAGUUGA